GGAAGCCAGCCAUUUAAACACUUUACCAGUGCCAGUCAUUCAUUUGCAUUUCAAAUUAAAAACCCAAUCCGUUUGUUUGGGAUUUGAAAAUACCUGCAAGGGUCAAAAAAGCAAGGUUUUUCUUUGACCACAACCCCCCUCUUUCUCUCUCUCUUCACGUUUUUAUAAGCAAUUAUCCCUUGAAACUUGGAGAAUGCCUUCUGUGACUUACUCACCAAGAUACCCACAUUCUGAUUUCUUCUUAUUCUCAUCAUCUUUGUUUUUUUGUUAACUUUUUCUUCAAACCCUAUUUUGAGCUUUUGGGGUUUUUGGGUAUAUUCUUCUUCUGUUACCAAAAAGAUGAGUGCUUCAAGGUUUGUUAAAUGUGUUACCGUUGGAGAUGGAGCUGUUGGGAAAACUUGUAUGCUCAUCUGUUACACCAGCAACAAGUUCCCUACUGACUAUAUUCCUACAGUUUUUGAUAACUUCAGCGCUAAUGUGGCUGUGGACGGGAAUAUUGUCAACUUGGGAUUAUGGGACACUGCUGGCCAAGAAGAUUACAGUAGACUUAGGCCAUUGAGUUACAGGGGAGCAGAUGUUUUUGUUCUGGCUUUCUCGUUAAUCAGUAAGGCUAGUUAUGAGAAUGUUCUCAAAAAGUGGAUGCCAGAACUUAGACGGUUUGCCCCUAGUGUUCCUAUUGUUCUAGUAGGCACAAAGUUGGAUCUUCGGGACAAUGGAGCUUAUUUAGUGGAUCAUAUGGGAUCAAACACAGUAACAUAUACUCAGGGAGAAGAGCUUAGGAAACAAAUUGGUGCUGCUGCAUAUAUCGAAUGUAGCUCUAAGACUCAACAGAAUGUCAAAGCUGUUUUUGACACUGCAAUCAAGGUUGUUCUACAACCUCCAAGGAGAAUUGAGAUGCCUAGGAAAAGGAGGAGCCGAAGGACUGGUUGCUCAAUUGUUAGGUGCAUUGUGUGUGGUGGCUGUGCUGUGUAAACCGUGCUCAUGAUUGGGAUCGAGUGAUCGAGUGCUGUAGCAUCUAUGUUUUGGGCCAAGCGUAUAGCCAGAUCUUAUGGUUGCUAGUUUAACAUAAUUUUGUAUACUGAGAAAUAGGUGUUUGCUCAAUGUGCUAGCUGACUGACCAAAGAAGUGAAGAGAGUUGUGUUCCUCUAUUGUGUUUAAUGCAAAUGUUGUAUUUGAAAUGAUGCUUUGGUUGCUAUCUAUGG